GAUCAGGGGGGACGAAGUCUGAAACUGCAGUUAUACCGAGUCAAAGUUGCUGAAAGCUGCUGCGUCAGUGAGAUCGGACAAGUGGAAUGACCAAUCACUCAUCACACUGUAACGGCAUGCAGAGCCUCCGGAAGGAGCACCUGUACAAGGUGCUGGUUAUCGGAGACCUGGGGGUAGGGAAGACCUCUAUCAUCAGGCGGUAUGUCCACCAGACCUACUCCACCAACUACCGGGCCACCAUCGGGGUGGACUUCGCCCUGAAGGUGUUGAACUGGGACUCUGAGACUGUGCGGCUCCAGCUCUGGGACAUUGCAGGUCAGGAACGUUUCGGAAACAUGACACGUGUGUACUACCGUGAAGCCAUGGGAGCCUUCAUAGUGUUCGAUGUGACACGAGCCACGACCUUUGAGGCCGUCAUCAAGUGGAAGGAGGACCUGGACUCCAAACUAAUGCUGACUAAUGGACAGAGUAUUGCCACCGUGCUGCUGGCUAACAAGUGUGACCAGGGCAGGGAGCUGACCAACAACGGCAUCAAAAUGGACCAGUUCUGCAAGGACCACGGCUUCGUCGGGUGGUUUGAGACCUCAGCUAAGGACAACCUCAACAUCGGUGAAGCUGCAAACUUCCUGGUAAAGCACAUCAUGGCCACAGAGAAUGACAUUCUGAAAAGUGUAAUACCAGACACCAUCUCGCCACAGCUCGACUCCAACAGGCAGAUGAGCUGCUCCGGCUGCUGGAAGUAAUCAAAGGACGGAGUGAUGGCAGGACAGAACAGAAUGGAGACACAGUGGGACAAAGAGGGACAGGCACACCACAAGGAAACGGCACAGUACGGCAUCUUUGGUCCAAACUAGAGUUGAAGAUUUUAGUUUGGUGCGUGUUUGUGUUCUUAGUGUCCAACUACAGGAGAACCAAAGCUUGAAAACAAAAAUCACAUGGACUCAGAAGUUGAACAUUUAUUGAACAGAGCUUUGGUAACUCAUCAUACUGUGAGUUUGAAGUACUUGGCAGAUCAACAAGUAUAACUUGUCUAUGCUCCUUGGCGUGAUUAUUCGAAGUAUGUAACAGCCAAACUUUCUUUUUGGGACUGUUCUUUUUAGCUGGUCAAGGUUACAUUCUCUUCUACCAACAGUUUACUUGGAAAAGGACUAGUGACUGGCACUCAACCUGCUGGACCAAACUACAAAUGGACUAAAUGCUCCCAGCAAACUUGAUGCAACACACCCAAAGCUGGGCUGUGAUUACAGAAGGAAAACAGGAGUGCUGUUAACAGUUCUUCACCAUUUCAAGCAAGUGUAAUUUUGUUGCUGUUCUCCCUCUAUUUACCUUCACCUCCAACUUUGUGGAGAAAACAAUGGGUAUGUUUACAUGCACACUAAUAUUCCACUUUUAUUCUGAGUAUGAUAAUAUUAUGAUUUUGAUACGGUUCAUGCAAACAGCAUAUACGUUUUGGCCUUUUUACAAAUGAAGUAUUUUCCGAUUAAGACUUAUUGGAUUUGCCAAGUUAUUCAGGUUUUAAUAGCAUUCUUUGGGCAUGUAUACAGUGCAUUCUGUAUAUGCAUCUCAGUUGGGGAUUUUAUCACAGUUUGUGACACACGUCCUCUUGUCUGUUUACGAUCGGCUAUGUGCCUUGUCACGGAUGCGCUGUACACAAACCAACUAGCCCACAGUUUGCAAGGCUGCAGAUAAGAUGCAUGCCCAGGACAAGUCCACAUUUCUAGUGUGAAGGACAAACACACCUACUUUUAAACAUUAUAUACUAAGACUUGGAUAUCAGUUUUUUGAAUAUGCUCAAAUAUCAUAAUGCCAACCUUUUCAAGAAGGUAGUUGAAGGAAUUAAAGAGGAAAGCUGUGGUCACACGCUCGAACAAGUCCUCCACGAGUGGAAAACUUUGUAAAAGUCCUGGCACAAGUGACAGCCAUUCAACAUUUUCACAAUUAGACGUGAUAAAUGACUUGUUAGGCCGCGUUAGUCAGAGUAUGCAUGGCUGCAAAUAAACAAGAAUAUUAAUGGAAUAUUCUGGGGUUGCAUGAUAAUAUUGGCACGUCAUCAGUAUCGGCCGAUAUUGGCUUUAAAAUUAAGUAUCAGAAUCGGCCAACAUGCUUUUUCUUAAUAUGCACAAUGAAUGAAUAUUACAUAUAUUAAAAAGCAUUGUACUUCAUAUCUCCAUCUGCUGGUGGACCAUCAUGAUAAUAAUAGACAGGGAUAAUAUGAUAUUAAUUCCACUACAGAGGAGACUGGAUGAUCACUAAAAUUAGGUAGAAGAUAUUGAUAUCAGUUAUCGGUCAAAAAAGUUGUUGGAUAUUUGCAAAAAAUCCAAUGUUGUUCAUCCCUAUGAUAUUCAUUUUCAUUAGACAUAUAAAGAGCUUAGUAGGCAUAUUGUCAUUUUCAGAAUAAGGGCAAAAAAAUGUAUAUAUUUUAUGCGUGUAAACAUAGUCAGUGUAGCUUCCUUUACCGUUAUUCUGCAAGAGCCAAAGAAAGCAGUAUUGACCACUUUCAGUGGAUCCCACAUUGUGUAAUUAUGUGAAUUUUGCAAAUACAUAGAUUUUUUUUAAUAAUGAUUUUAAGUUAUUUACAGUAUUCUUUUAUGAGUGUUAUGCUGGUCUAAUGUAUGAUGUUAUUCUGCUUAAAAUCUUUCCCACAA